AUGGGGCCCCCGGGCAACAGGGGAUCAUGGGGCCCCUGUGUCCUUGCCCAAACUCAAAAAAGCCUAUGAAAAAGGUACCCGGGGCAUCUCAUGGGCCCCCUACUGACCCUGGGCCCUCGGGUAGUGUCCGAGCUUCCAAAUGGCGGGGUCCAAAGGUUAACAGGCGAAAUGCAGUGGUGCCAACAGGGACGGACUGACAACUCAUAGGGCCCCCGGGCAAUAGAGGAUCAUGGGGCCCCUGUGUCCUUACCAAAACUCAAAAAAGCCUAUGAAAAAGGUACCAGGGGCAUCUCAUGGGGCCCCCUACUGACCCCGGGCCCUCGGGCAGUGCCUGAGUUUCCAAAUGGUCAGUCUGCCCCUG